AAAUGGAGCCGAUAACUUUAACAGCAGGGUAGGAAGAGGGGAAAAAACCGUCUGGCAUCAGUCGAUAUUAAAAACAUGCAGAGGGAGACAAGCUCGGGGCCUUCCAGAGUCAGGAAAAAGACUUCGGAGAGCUGCAGACAGGAGAUGGGUAUGGCAUUUCUAUUUCCCCCCAGCCCAUUGAUUUGUUUAUGAAAACAUAGCGCUUUUAUUCUCCCCCCUUCUGGGCUCUGCUUCUGAGUGAUCAGCUGAUGAAGAGACUAGCAGCUCGCCGCUAUGCUGGCUUGCUAAUUCUCUCCCCAACAGCUGCAGCCGAUCCUGGUAGCCAGCCUGCACAUUGCACUCAGCCUGAGGCAGCAGAGAACGGUUCCCUGGAGGCGAUGGAGGAGGACAUCAGUCUAAAGAAGCGUAAAAGUGAUCAUCAUGGGGAGACAGACCUGCAGGCCGGGCAGGAAACAGGGGAAACGGUCAAAAGGAAGCGAGGACGCCCACCUGCUGAGAAACUACCUCCGAACCCUCCUGAACUCACCAGAACUCUGAGCACUCUGGUAGACAUGGUCAUCAACUACAAGGACGGCUUGGGUCGACAGAUCAGCAAAGGCUUUGUGCAGCUCCCCUCUAAGAAGGAGGUCCCAGAGUACUACGAGCUGAUCCGGAAGCCUGUGGACUUCAGGAGGAUCAGGGAACGUGUGCGUAAUCACAAGUACAGAAGUGUGGUGGAUUUGGAGAAGGACGUCUUCCUCCUGUGUCACAAUGCUCAGACCUAUAACCUGGAGGGAUCUCAGAUCUAUGAGGAUUCCAUUGUCAUUAAGUCUGUUUUUGAGAGUGCGAGACAGCGAAUUGUCACAGACGAGGAACAGAAAGUGACGGUUAGCGCCAGUCACAGCGAUAAUGGCGGCGGAGCUGAAGACCAAUUUGUUCCAUCAGCAGUGAAACCAUUUCCAGUCCGGCUGAAGAAGGGGAAUAAAGAGGAAAGACGCAGAAACGACAUGGCCAAGAGGCUUCACAGUGAUUUAGACAGCGAUGAGGAUCUAGAGGAUAGCUCCACAAAAGAUGAAGGUUGAACUGAAGGACCCUCAAUUUUUUUGUAUUGUUGUUCAUAUUUAUUCCCUACCACGUCCUUUUCAUUGGUUUCUUCAUUAUCUGAGACAGAAAAGGAAAUGAUAUAGCAGAAAGGACCACUCAAAGAGAGCCACUUAUGGAACAAUGCGAUGUAUUCUCAUGCCACUCAACCAUGUCUUGCUGCAAAUAGUGCUGUUCUUUUCAGUUAGCUGGCCUUUUACUACACUUCCCCUUUUAUCUGCCUUAUGUCUCUGUGUUUGCUUCUGAAAAUAUUAUGUAAGAUACCCGUUUUCUCUGACUGUUUUUAAUCAAUAUAUUUGAUUGUAUGAAAUGCCUUCAUAUGUCUUGGAGCAUGGUUUGUAUGUCUCUUCUGAAGAGGACUCCUGCAGCGUAGCACCGCUGAUGACAAUGCUGACAUGUUCAAGGCUUGGGAGUUGAAGCACACGGAAAGGUGUUUUUAAAGAAAAACAAUGAAAAAUGAACACUGUAAAAUCUCUGAAUGUGAUUUUAGAGAUAAUACAUCUUUGAUCAAAUGUAAAAAAAAAAUGAAAGAGACUACAAAUAGGUCUAUUCAAGAGUACUCAAGUCGAACAUUUGUAUCCCUUGUGCUACAGUUUAUUCACAUAUUGUACAGUUUGUGUGACAAUUAAGUUAAAAGAAACAACGUUCAUUUACU